GUGCUGGACAGUCCAGACGGAUUAGGUGGGAGGUUUCACGAAGUGUUGUGAUUAUAAAUAGCUGAACCCUAGAUGUGUCCUCCACAACAUACCCAUUUCCUAACGCGCAAGUCUUUCAGAUCGAGAAGAGAGCGUCAGAGUCGCAUAUCUUGUGGGGUUAAUUAGUUAGCAGUUGGCACAAGGAGAAUCAUCGACUCCAACAAGAUUCUUAGACACAGGCGCCAUCAUGCAGCGGUGGACUCGCAACGGGAUGCUCAACUUCUCGCAGCCGUCGCCGUCGUCUCCCUUCAGCUUCUACGACGCCGGCCAGGGAGCAUCAAGCAGCCGCAGGUCCCACAGCUGCAGCAGAAGCCAGGACAAGGACCAGCGCAACCUGGAGAAGAACUUGACCAAGGUCCGGAAGGAGUGGAUGAAGGUGAAGGAGGAGAUGGGGUACGCGAGGCUGCUGAGCGAGCACCUCAGCGAGACAGUGACGGAGGCCGACCGGAAGGUGGCCGCCAUGCUCGAGGAGCUCGACCGGACGGACAAGUACAUGCAGGAUAUACUGUCUAGCCAGCAUAAAUGAACCAUGGAUCCAUGAUACAUGUAUAAUUUUCUGGGUAUCUAUAUCCUUGCCUACCCAGAGCUUCUUGGCAUUUUGCCAUUAGAGUUUCCAUUCUCUUUUUAGGAAUUUCAUUUGGGUUUUUCUAGAAGAUGU